AUGGAUCUGAAGAUGUUCCUAGUCUUCACUGCCUUUCUGCUUCACGCUAGCUUGGGCUUCCCUAUUCAGGAGAACUAUGAAAACAGCACAACAAGUAAAAAUAACACUAAUGCAUCAUUGUUUCAGGUUACUACACAAGAGGAUAUAUAUGAAUCUCCAUCACCUACAGAGUCUGACACUGAGGAAGAAGUUAUUUUUAACAGAAUUCUGAAAAUUAACAAAGACAGCUCUCAGUACUUACAAGAAGGUGACAUAGCUCCACGAAGGAGUCGCAGUGCCAUCAACUGUCGCCAUUGCAAUUGGCCGCAGUCCAGCGAUGGGAUUGUUCGUGUGCCCUACGUCUUGGAUCCUACUUACGAGGAGAGCCACAUAAACGGGAUUCAUGAUGCCAUGGCAGAAUUUGAAGCACUGACUUGUAUUAAAUUUGUGAAGCGUAAGACAGAGCGUGACUACCUCAGCAUUAAAUCUGCUGAUGGCUGCUGGUCCAACUAUGGGAGAGUAGGAGGUGGACAGACCGUCUCUGUGAUGAAAGGAGGCUGCAUGUGGAAAGGAAUAAUUCAACAUGAACUGGACCAUGCUCUGGGCUUUUUGCAUGAACAUUCUCGAAGUGACAGGGAUAAACAUGUAAAGAUCAUGUGGGAGUACAUCAGUCCAGCUGACAGACCAGACUUCAAGAAGUUUGAAAACUCGAAUAACCUGGGUCUUCCAUAUGAUUAUUCCUCAGUAAUGCACUAUGGCCCAUAUACAUUCACUAAUACCACUGGGAAAGCAACUAUUGUACCAAUUCCUGAUGAAUCAGUCCAUAUUGGACAAAGGCAGGGACUAAGCAACUUGGACGUGGCCAAAAUCAACAAACUUUACAAUUGCAGUCGCUGCAGCACUAUUCUUGAUGCAGCAUCUGGGUCACUGAGAUCUGCGAACCACCCAAGAAAUUACUCAGAUAACACCAACUGUGUCUGGCUCAUCCGAACCCGAUCCAGAAAGAUUUCAUUGCACUUUCAAGCCUUUGAGCUGCAGACAACCAGAGGAUGUCAGGGUGAUUAUGUUAAAGUUUAUGAUGGAUCCAGCAAAUCUUCUGCACUUCUAAUGGACAAGACCUGUGGAUCAAAGUUACCCAAUGAUGUAACUGCUUCUGGUAAUCUCAUGCUCGUAGAGUUCGUCACCGAUGGUGCUGGUACAGCUUCUGGUUUUGAAGCCACCUUUACUUCUGGUAGGUCUGAGAACAAGGAGAGUGAAAAAAGAAAAACAGUCUGUGUCAAUGAGCCUUCCUCUUCACAGAGGAAAAGCAUUGUGUGAGGAACUGGUCUUUACAAAAGCCAUUACUUUCUACCUUGCCUUUGAUAUAAUGGAUCGGUCUUACAUUGGUACCAUCUAAUUCAUUCAGGCAGACG